UCUUUUUAUGACAAGAAUAGAACAUCUCUUGUACAAGAGGACCAUCAAAAUAAAUUGCUAUCUGCUAAAGUUCUCACUGAAGAAAGAUACAAUGAAUUGAAGUCUGCGUUUGAGAAAUGUGAUAGAGACGGAAGUAACUGCAUAGAUGCAAGUGAACUUAAAGAUGUUCUUAUUUCGCUUGGGAAAAAUCCAACAGAUGAAGAAGUUGAAAGUAUGAUAGCAUCAGUUGAUGACAAUGGUAACGGUACAAUUGAAUUUGAGGAAUUUAUACACCUAAUGGAAGAUGAAGAACGUUCGUUUAAAACGGAAGAUCUAAUGCGGCAAGCGUUUAGUGUUCUCGAUCCGGAAGGUAUGGGAUAUCUAACCACUGAAAGACUAAAACAAGUUGUAACUAAUCUUGGACUUGACAUGACUGAUGAUGAAAUAGCCGAGAUGAUGGAAGAAGCGGACCCUGGCGGAUCUGGAAAAGUCGAAUAUGGCGGAAUAAUCGGACUAAUCAGCACAGAAAAUGAAACACUUGCCACUGCUUUUCAAAAGAGAGAAAAAAUUGAAGCAAUCAAGCGUGAUGAAAUUGCGCGGGAUACUGCGCGUGAGGAAGAAGAGUCUGUGCAACAGGAAGGACUGGAGCGGCGAACUGAUAUUGAGGAAAGUGAGAGAGAAAUGGAACACAUACCUGAUAUGGACGAGAUAGCCAGUCAAUAUGAUAAUGAGCAGUAUGAUCAAUUCAGUAGGCAGAUCCCGGUCGGGGGCAGAGUGGUGAAAAGACCCGGUAGACGGCUGCCCAUGUCGACGACAAGGAUGAAGUACCUGCAGAGAAAGAACAAAUCACUGAGUCAAGAUACUUCCCUCCAAGGCAGUAUGAUGAGUCUUAAUGAGGCCAAUGAGCAGGACACAAGUAAGUAUCUCCAUCAAACAGAGUUUAAAACCCAUUUUAGAAUAAUUCAUGAUGACUUGAUGAACAUAAAUGAGAGAACGUCCGUUGAACCCAGAUCUAGAUCAAAUCAGCAGAGGCAAUAUAAGCAUGUAGAGAGCCGUUUAUUAGAUCCAAAGUAUUAUCUAAAGAAAGCUACAAAUACAGACGAACCAAAUCCAAAUACAUUCGCAUUAGCCCGUGUAAAUUCCGUUCGCGUUGACUUCGGCAAAGUCCAAAAAGACUUCAAGAAUAACAAACCUGAAGUACUGAAAGGGUUAGUCACUCGAUCAAUUUCUACUUCAAAUAUACCUAGCCAUUCUCCUGUGCAAACACAACAGCAAACAUACACAGAACGGGCGCGAAGAGAAAAACAACUGACCAACGAACAUAAAUUUUAUUACGCUGUAUGGAGAUCUGCUUUUUCGCAAGCUAUAGAAAGACUCCGAGAAAGCAAGAUAAUAAAGGCUAUACAAUUGAAUACACCAGAUUUACUGAAAGAGAAAGCAAUUGCAGAAGAAAAGGCUAGAAAAUAUCUGAAGAAUAAACCUCGGCAAAAACCACGACUUGCCGUUAUAUCACCAACUCUUCAAACUAAUGCACAAGUGAGCUCUAUCAUACCACAUUCAAGAUUCACCAUGGGUAGAGGUUCGUACACCGAAAGAUUUAAAAAGAGACACAAUAUUGAAGAAACAUUUCAAGAAGACAAAUGGGAAACAAAACCAUUUUUAACUCCUAGGAAACACCGACUUGAUCCUUUGCAAAAAGGUGGCGAUGUCAUAACAAAAUCAGCCCUUAACAGACGAACAAUGAGAUCAAUAGAAUAAACUUACAAACUUUUAGUCAGCAAAAGUUCACAAACAGAUUCUAUAAAAUUGUACAGUUGUGUUAGACAAUGUGGUGUCCUCGUAGCAAAGUCUACUUUGUUUAUUUUUUAUUUUGCUUCAAAAUGGAUGCAUAGUACUCACUUCCAAUUUUUUAAUGAAUGGAAAAUGAAGCAUAAUAAUUGUUUCGUGUUACACCUUUUAAAAACCAAAACCUAUUUUUGACAAAAUAUAUGAAGUUAAAAUAGGCGGACAUGAAUUGUUUUGACACGCCCCUUGUCCUUUUUGCAGCCAUUCAUUCUUUGGGAUUUUAUGAAAAUCCCAUUUAGUUUAAAAUGGUUGUUUCAAGGAAAAAGCAAAUAAUCUGUUUUGUAAAUUAAUAUGGAAAAAAAACGAAGCAAUAAUAUAAGUUGUCACUCCACGAUUUUUCCGAGAAAGAAUUAUUAUUGCAUUAGCUUUUAAAAUACAAUAAGAAAGAACCUUAUACAAAUGAACAAAAAUUUCGAAAUAUAUUGUACUCGUGCAGGAAAUCCGUGCAUGAAAUUGGGUGAAUUGUGUACCUCUUGUGAAAAGCAUGAAACUUGACAUGGUGACAUUUCAGUCUGGUAUCCACUUUUUAAAAAUCCAAUAUGGCCGCCAAAAUCCAAUAUGGCCACCACAUACUAAAAGUUUCAGAAUAUUUGGGUAUUUCAGCUGUAGUCAUUACUAGAACAGUAUGAAAUAGCACCAAUUCAUUAUAUUACACAAAUUUAUAUUCAGUUUUGCAAAUUCAAGAUGGCAGCCAAAAUCCAAGAUGGCCACC